AUGUAUUUCUACAGUCGUCCUCUUUCGCAGUUUGCCUUCAUCGAGAGCGGACACGCCAGCAUUCCACGUGCUAAUCCUCUUCUGAAUUCGACCGUUGCCUAACACGUCAUGUCUAAGCCCACAUACAAAGUCGCUGACAUCAGCCUGGCCGAAUUUGGCCGCAAGGAGAUGGAACUUGCUGAGAACGAGAUGCCAGGUUUGAUGCAGAUGAGGAAGAAGCAUGGACCCAGUAAGCCACUCAAAGGGGCCCGCAUUGCUGGCUGUCUUCACAUGACCAUCCAGACUGCUGUCCUCAUUGAAACUCUCACAGAGCUUGGAGCUGAAGUCACAUGGUCCAGCUGCAACAUCUUCUCCACCCAGGACCACGCGGCCGCUGCCAUUGCCAAGACGGGGGUGCCAGUGUAUGCCUGGAAGGGAGAGACCGAUGAGGAAUACAUCUGGUGCGUUGAGCAGACCAUUGUCUUCCCUGAUGGACAGCCACUCAACCUGAUCCUUGAUGAUGGCGGUGAUCUCACCAACCUAGUCCACACCAAAUACCCACAGUACCUUCCAGGCAUCAAGGGGUUAUCUGAGGAGACUACCACUGGAGUCCACAACCUCUACAAGAUGAUGGAGAAGGGAGAGCUUAAAAUACCAGCCAUCAAUGUCAAUGAUUCAGUAACUAAGAGCAAAUUUGACAACCUGUACGGCUGCCGUGAGUCACUCGUCGAUGGUAUCAAGAGGGCAACUGAUGUCAUGUUGGCUGGAAAGACCUGUGUUGUCGCUGGUUACGGUGAUGUGGGCAAAGGUAGUGCCCAGUCCUUGAGGGCUUUCGGUGCUCGUGUGAUUAUCACAGAGGUCGAUCCAAUCAACGCUCUUCAGGCCUCCAUGGAAGGUUAUGAAGUGACAACCAUGGAUGAAGCCUGCAAGAAGGCACACAUCUUUGUUACCGCCAGCGGCUGCAGUGGAAUCAUCGAGGCGCGUCACUUCACCGAGAUGAAGAAUGACUCCAUUGUCUGCAACAUCGGCCAUUUCGAUUGUGAGAUUGAUCUGGAUUGGCUGAAUGCCAAUGCCAAGAAGGACACCAUCAAACCACAGGUCGACCGUUACACUAUGCCCAGUGGGAAGCACAUCAUUGUCCUGGCCGAGGGCCGUCUGGUCAACCUUGGCUGCGCCAUGGGUCAUCCCAGCUUCGUCAUGUCAAACUCAUUCACCAACCAGGUCCUGGCCCAGCUUGAGCUCUGGACCAAGGCAGACCAGUACAAGGUUGGCGUUGUUAUGCUCCCCAAGACGCUCGACGAGGAGGUAGCUCGUCUUCAUCUGGAUCAUCUGGAUGUCAAACUGACCCACCUCACCACCAAACAAUCCACAUACCUUGGACUGAACACACAGGGACCAUUCAAACCUGAUCAUUACCGUUAUUAGACCCGUCUUGCACACACUCGUUCCCUUCUCUUUCAUAUGAUGUAUCCGCCGCUUUGGCAUUUACGCUGCAUGACCCUGCGUUUGGAAUAGUUUUUCAUUGUAGGAUGAAUGGGAGGAGGAUUCUUGUGUAUUCUAUCCCCAAACAAAUACCACAAUUCUUUGUUUAGGUACUUUAAUCUCUCUCUGAUUAAUGUUUGAGGGGAUGUAUCUGGCAAUUUAGUCAAAUUUGUAAUUGUUAACACAUAUCAAUUAGUGGGUUGAUGUGUCUGUAAUGACAUCCGUAUUCCUAUUAACACAUUGUGAGUUGGUAUAACAUCUCGCAUUUAUGCACUCAAGAUUACUUUAUUCUGAAAUUCAGAUUUUAUUUAUGUAAUGAAAGAUGGAUGAGGGGAUGCUUUUGUAUUACUCCUUCAUCCUUCUGUUGUGAUUUGUAUUCCAAGGACAAGUAAACCAAUGUAAAUGAAAUCACCACUUGUCCAGUACUCUAAAAUUCAGUAAGCGGGCAUAUAGUUAACUUCUGCUAAUCAAGAUUUAUGAAAGUGUAUAAUGGUUCCUGAUAACAGCAGUAUAUUACCUAUGCUUACAUUCCAGAUCUGCAUAGUGGGAAAUAUCAUAAUUUUGCUGCAAACAUAUGAUAUACAUCAACUACUAAAGUCUCUUUUUCUGAAUACAUGUACUACACAAAACUCAUUUAAUGAAAACAAAAAAUUAUAGACAUACAAUCCAGGUAUGGUCAUUAUUUUCAGUGAUUAUAUUGGCUUUAUAUAGUUCUAUUCCUUCCUAUAACAGUUUUAUUUUUUAAGGCAACAUGUUUGAUAAAGGCAGAUAACAGCUGAUUGUUGUGGUAUUCACAUAUUACUGUAUGUUUAUUAUUGACAAGAAGUUUAUAUACUAUUUCUUUCGAGUUCCAUGAUGAAUCUAAUUUAUGUGGAAUUAGUGAUGUCAAGAUUUUGAAAAUGAUUAGAAACGUGGAAAUAA